AUGCUCUCUACCAGGCGUUUGCUCGCGGCUGCCGGUGGCGCGGAGACGACGGCCUCGUACCGUAAGGGGAGCUACCACCUCGUCCCGAAGAAGCACACCAUCGGCAGGCGUAUCGCGGUGCGCAGUUACCUUGACCGCAACCGGACCGAACUCUCUGACCGAACUUACAUGCCACAAAAGGCCUGGUUUGAGCCCUACACCCCGAGACAGUUCGAGAGGGAGCAUGAGGAGCUUAGAUACAACUUCUACAACCUUGAGACGAAGCUGAUUUGGACUGCCUUUGACACCCCCGAGAAGAUCGGUAUUUUGCUCCACGACGAGACCAUCAAGGGGGCCAGGCACCUCUACGACAAGGAAUUCCUGGACGCCGCGUUGCACUGGACCCAGGAGGCCCGCUACUGGCGUUGCAUUGGUAUUACGAAGCCCUUUUACAACAAGACAACGCUGCGGGCGCACUGCUGGCACGAUAGGGGCAUCCAAGUUGGGACACUUGUCCUUUCACAGGCCAUGCGUCACGCGUUAAUGGAUUUGGAGCGCGCCGUUCGGCGAAAGGAGUUGGGCCUGCAACCAAACUACAUCUGGGACCGUUGGGGGCCGAUUGGCUUCAUUGAUGGCGCCAAAACCGACUACUUGCCGCGAUUCGCACAUAACCCGUACGUUGACCCGGACGGUGUCGAGGUGACAGAGCUCGAUGUGGCGCCCUUCAACACACAUGAGCAGAUUAAGGAGCGCUAUGGCGCCUUCAUAGACCCCGACCUCACCCCAUUCGAUGGUGUUUUUCGUGCACCUUCACACGGUGCCCUGACCCUCGACGACGUGCCGGCGCAGGCGGCGGUGGAAUUGUUCCGUCAGCUCAAAUCAAAGGCCGGCACACCAGUGUUUCUCGGCGGCGGAGCAGAAAUUGCCCCGGCGGACAUGCGUGCCCUCUUCUACCUUAGCGCCGAUCCUGAGCGGCUUGAGAAGGCUCAAGGCGUCGAUUCCUGGCAAGAGGUGCGGGAAAUGUUGGCUCCUCUACAGGACACGUGUGAUGAAAAGAUUGAGGCCCUUCGACUGUUGCAACAUACACGCCAUGACGCGAAUCGUGUUCGCUCUUUCUAUGAGGAAAAGUGUGGGUUUGCGGAUUUCAUGUAUACCCCCGACAAGGUUAUCACCGCGGCGGUGCUGUGUUACCUGCAGGAGUUGCACCGCAUAUGCACCGAGACAGACUGGGGCAAGCCGCUCGCCCUUGCCUUGACGGACAUGGAAAGAGCCCAAGUAAUGGGCAGAGAUGCCUUUUUGGUGUAUCGCCACAUUGAGGAUGCGACUCUUGACAAGCAACGUCGCACCUGGGCGACGCGCUUUGCGGGUGAGGCAAACGAAGAGAGCACCCUGGAUUACCUACUUGAGAACUUUGGUCGUCGCACGGAGCAGACUCGCAACGUCGGUUCCACUGGCACAGAAUUUGACCGAGAGCAGGAGCCAAUUGGCCGCCAGGUGCAGAGGCGCGUUCUUGAUUCGGACAAGGCCCACAAACUGGCUGAGGCCCGCCAGAGGCGGGGCAAGAUGUGGUCCCAGAAGAAGAGUGUUUUUGACUCGCUUCAUCAGAAGCAGCUGCAAAAUGUAUCGUAUGGUGUUCGUUAA